UACUUGUAGAUUCUUAAAUUAAUUUAAAAACUUUUCACCACAAAUAAUAAAUAUUUUUGUUCAAGUUGGAACCCAGAAACAGCCUUUGAACAAACAAGAAAACUGACAAAUGGAGGAUGCUAUAUAAGAACAUCCAUGCUUAACAAACCAAUGUCAAACACUUUUUGGAGCCUUCUACAUAAGAGAUAAGUAUUUCUAUUUCACGAUACUUUAUAUAUUUAUACUUCUCGGGUAAAAUACGGUGUUUUGAAAGAGUUUGGAGAUUUUAUGCUUAAUUUCGCCAUGAAUCUAUUAGGCAUAGAAGUUCUCUUUUUCCACUUGAUUUUCUUAUUCUUCCAUGUGAAUGCACAAAGGCAAUCAAAUCAAGAGCAAGUUCCAAAUUCCCAAGAUGCAAUCAGCAAUUUUCAACCAAGUUUAGCAGUUGUAAUUGGUAUUCUUGCUAUCAUGUUUUCUUUAACUUUUAUCCUUCUUGUUUAUGCAAAGUUUUGUCACCGUGUGUCGCCUGUACAUAACAUGAACCAGCGAAUUCAAGAUGGAUUGCCUCGGUCGAGGUCUCUUGUUUCAGGAAUCGAUAUAACAGUAAUCGAAUCCCUGCCAUUUUUUAGAUUUUCGUCGCUUAAGGGAUGGAGGGAAGGCCUUGAAUGUGCCGUUUGUUUGUCAAAAUUCGAAGAUAUUGAGAUUCUUCGACUGUUGCCAAAGUGUAAACAUGCAUUUCAUAUUGAUUGUGUUGAUCAGUGGCUCGAAAAACACUCAACUUGCCCUCUUUGCAGGCAGAAAGUAAGCGCAGAUGAUCUUUCGCAAUUGGCAUAUUCGAAUAGUUUAAGAUUUUUAUGGAAUAAUCAGUCAGAAAUCAGAGAGGAAUCCAACAUAGAAUUAUAUGUCGAAAGAGAGGAAAGUUUUAAAGGGUCUUCGAGAUUCAGCAUCGGAAGCAGUUUCAGAAAAUUAUCCGAUAAUAGCAAGAAGGAAGAAGAAUUGCCUAUACGGGAAAUUGUCGAUGAUUCUGACGAGAAAGACGAAAAGAUUCUUCACAAAUUCAAUCACAAAAUAUCUGUUUCUGAUGUUAUGUUGAAGAAUCGUUGGAGCAACUUAAGUUCUUCCGACCUAAUGUUCUUGAAUUCGGAGAUGCUUAACGACAUAUCCAGUCGAAAAUUUUCUUCUUUGGAUUCGAGAAACGAGCAAAACAAAUCCUUGGAAUCAAGAAAUAUGGUUGAGGAAAGUGAUCAGAUCAUAAAUAUAAAGAUGGAGAUGGAAAGAAAGAGAGUUUUUGAGGACAAAAUCAAGCAAAGUGAUUAUUCCUUUCCAUUUCCAAGUUUUCCUACAACCUCAGAUGAAUCGAAGCAGAAUUCAAGAUCUGAAUCGAAAAUUUCGAGUUCAGACAAGAGAUCCAUGUCUGAAAUAACAGUUCAUCCAAGAUUCAACUACAGAGAAUCUUCUUGUGUUCAAGAAAAUAAUUUCAAGGAGGAAAGAGUGAGAAGCCUAUGGCUGCCUAUUGCUAAAAAAACAGUUCAAUGGUUUGCAAAUAAAGAAAAAUGGGCUCCACAGUCUCAAUCUACAACCUCAAGAGAGAGGUUAAAUUUGUAAAUUCGGACAGUAGAAAGUUAAAGAAGUUGUGAAUUUAGUUAGGGUUUGUAAAUUAUAAAACAUGUCUUGACAUUGAAUUCUUUAGUUCAAGAGAGACAAACCUUUUUUGUA